AAAACGACAUGUUUCAGAAACUGAAAAAUGGCUUAGAGAUUCAAAUAUCCCCGCUACUCUCUGCUUUUGAAAUCAAAUAUUGAAGUGAAGUGAAUAUACUCAACAAUCCUGUAUCCAGAUUCUAUCUAUCCCUGUAUCCUUUGAAAUUGUAUCAAAUCUCCCCUGUUUGCAGUAUCCUAUAUAGAGAUAACAUGAUUAGUGAGAGAUAAGAGAGAAAUUAUUGAGGAAAACGUGCAGAAGCGAGUGAAUGCAAAAUGCCUUUAUGGAAUAAGCCGAGAGGACCCAAAGAACAUUAUGAACCAGAUGUUAAAAGUGUUGAAAAAGAAGUGAAUGGAGUGCAGGAGAGUGGAAACAGGAAUAGUGUCGAAGAACAUCAGGAUUCCAGACCGAGGUUGGUUUUCCACUGUCAGCUAGCUCAAGGAUCUCCUACAGGGAUUAUCUCAGGGUUCACUAAUGUCAAGGAGCUCUACGUCAAGAUUGCAGAGUGCUACGACAUGCCAGCUUCAGAUAUAUUGUUCUGUACGUUGAACACCCACAAGGUGGAUAUGGGCCAUCUACUCGGGGGACAGAUAGGACUUGAUGAUUUUAUAUUUGCACACAGAAAGGGGAGACCAAAGGAAAUUGAAAUUUGCAAGAGUGAGGAUGCGUUGGGUUUAACAAUAACGGAUAAUGGAGCCGGAUACGCUUUUAUCAAGAGAAUCAAGGAAGGAAGCAUUAUCAGUAAUAUUGAAUAUAUAGAGGUUGGAGACCAUAUAGAGAAGAUAGAUGGACAGAGUCUGGUUGGAUGUAGACAUUAUGAGGUUGCAACACUACUCAAGAAUAUACCUAAGGGAAAAACAUUUGUUAUCAGACUAGUGGAACCUUUGAAAGCAGGAUUUGGAAAUAUUGGUCCCCGAAGCGGUCCUGGGGCUGGGAAGAAAGCUAGUUAUGGGUCAGGGAAGCAGACAUUGCGGCUGAGAGCAAAUGGUCCUGCUGAGGUCGAGGAGGUCAGCAGUGUCAGAACUGUUGCUGAGGAGAAUAUUAACAAUUUACUGGAAAAUUUCAUGGGGAUUAAUGAUUCGGAGUUAGCAUCUCAGAUUUGGGAUUUAGCGGAGGGUAAGACUAACACUAUGGAGCUGGCCGAGGCCAUUGAUAACUCUGACCUCGAGGCUUUCGGCUUCACGGACGAUUUUAUAUUCGAGCUCUGGGGGGCCAUCACAGACGCAAAACAGGGUAGAGCGCUCAAACAUAUAAACAACAAUGUUUUCUAGAUUAACCAUGCUUUUUCUAGAUCAACCAUGCUUUUUCUAGAUUAAUCAUGCUUUUUCUAGAUCAACGGCUUUUUCUAGAUCAACCACUUUUUCUAGAUCAACCAUGCUUUUUCUAGAUCAACCAUACUUUUUCUAGAUCAACCAUACUUUUUCUAUAUCAACCAUGCUUUUUCUAGAUCAACCAUGCUUUUUAUAGAUCAAUCAUACUUUUUCUAGAUCAACCAUACGUUUUCUAGAUAAACAACUUUUUCUAGAUCAACCAUACUUUUUCUAGAUAAACAAUUUUUUCUAGAUUAACCGUUUUUUUAGAUCAACCAUUUUUUGAUCAACCACUUUUUCUAGAUCAAUGCUUUUUUAAAUCAACGACUUUAUCUGGAAAAACUACACUUUCUAGAAUGACAAAAAUUUAUAAAUAACUACUUUUAAAAAAAAACUGCAUUUU